CUUAUAAGUGAUAUAAUAAAUUACUCAUAUAUUUCAAUAUAUGUAUAGUAUAAUCUUCAAAUAUAUUAAAAAUUUUCAAGUUCAAUGUAAACAAGUUCAAUAAAUCGCAAAACUACAUUCAGAAGAUACUCUACUCCAUUGACGAGCUACUGCAUCAAAGAUAUUUUCGCCGUAUUUAUAGCCGAUUAAAAAUCAAAUUUUGGCACAACAAAAGCUAAAGGGUAACUUUAAGUAACUCGAAUUUUAUUUUAAAAAAGUACAAAAAAUGGCACAACCACCUUUAAAAACCUGCUGCUUCUGUCAAUCACUACGAAAUGGUUCCAUCAUUUCUGGUAUUUUGGCCAUACUGCUAUCCAUAAUUACCAUCAUUGUCAUAUUUACAACACGUGUAGCAUUUAAAACGAUUUUCUUCGAUUGGAUACCCACUAAUAUUGUUAAAAUAAUUCUCGUCAUAAAUCUUUGUAUGACAAUUUUAAUAUCCUUGCUAAUGAUAGUAGGUGUCCUGAAGCGAAAUCAUUAUUUAAUGAUGCCCUGGGUUGUACUGGGUAUUAUGAUAGCCAUUGGUUUGCUCGUAUCUGUCAUUUACACCGCUGUUGUGUUCUUUAUUGAUGGCUUCGUGCUAACUGGCGUAUUAUGGCUGGUCUUUGGGUUAAUUGCAUGCGCAAUCCUGACAUACUGCUGGGUUGUGGUGUACAGUCAAUACUGUAUCCUGUCGGAAGAAAGUGAAAGAGGUCGUUAUAACAAACAACCAUACCGCCGCUAA